AGCGUGUGCAGGAGCUUGAGGAAGAGAAUGAGCUUCUGAAAAAGUGUUUAGAUUUGUCGGCACUUGCGAAAGACGCCGCCAAAAUGGUCAAGCGUCUGAAGUUGAUGACAGAGGUUAAAGAGAGAGAGCAAGCUGUGGUGCCCAGUGUUAAGAUCGACAUAGGUGGAGGAGUCCUUGUGGAGGAGACGGUUCUGGCCCAGCUCACAACGGCCUGCCAUGGGGGGCCAGGGAAAUUUGCAAGGGCCUUGCUGCGCCAUGUUUUGACGGAGGAGGAGCUAGUCGGCCGCUCACUCUUUUGGUACCAAAAAUACCAAGGGGCAAAAGAGGCCCUUGACCCGACCAGCGUCAAAGCUGUGAUAGGCUUUACCUGUCACAAAUUCCCCGCAACAAACAUGGCCUACAUUAAAAACACUCUGGCCUCACUGCUUGCAAGGGACAUCAAGUGUCAGGAGGAGUCCAAAGCUGUGGACAGUGCAAGUGCGGUGCUCCUGUAG